AUGAAAGGUUUAAUUCUAGUUGGUGGAUAUGGUACUAGAUUGAGGCCAUUGACUCUAUCUGUUCCAAAACCCCUGGUCGAAUUCUGUAACAGGCCAAUGAUUUUGCAUCAAAUUGAGGCUCUAGCUGAAGCUGGUGUAACUGAUAUUGUUUUGGCUGUUAAUUACAGACCAGAAGUAAUGGUUGACACGCUGAAGAAAUAUGAGAAGGAAUAUGGCGUGAACAUCACCUUUUCUGUUGAGACAGAACCUCUAGGAACCGCAGGUCCAUUAAAAUUGGCAGAGAAAAUUCUGAAAAAGGACAACUCUCCAUUUUUUGUCCUCAACUCUGAUGUAAUCUGCGAGUACCCAUUCAAAGAACUUGCCGAAUUCCAUAAAUCACAUGGCGGUAAAGGAACAAUUGUUGCUACAAAGGUCGAUGAACCUUCCAAAUAUGGUGUUAUUGUUCAUGACUUGGGUACUCCAAAUUUGAUUGAUAGAUUUGUUGAAAAACCAAAGGAAUUCGUUGGUAACAGAAUUAAUGCUGGUUUAUAUAUUUUAAACCCAGAGGUCAUUGAUUUGAUAGAGAUGAAACCAACUUCCAUAGAAACAGAGACUUUCCCAAAGUUGGUGAAUGAAAAGUCCCUGUACACUUUUGAUUUAGAGGGUUUUUGGAUGGAUGUCGGUCAACCAAAGGAUUUCCUGGCUGGUACAGGACUCUAUCUACAAUCUUUGUCAAGAAGACAUCCAGAGAAAUUAUCGACCGGAAGCAAUAUUGUCAGCAACGCCAUCAUUGACCCAACGGCCAAAAUAUCUCCUGAUGCCAAAAUUGGUCCAGAUGUUGUAAUUGGUCCAAAUUGUGUCAUUGGUUCAGGUGUAAGAAUUGUUAGAUCAGUACUUCUAAAGAAUUGUGUGGUCAAGGAAAAUUCCUUAAUCAAAGACACUAUUGUGGGCUGGGAUUCUACCAUUGGCAGAUGGUGCCGUCUAGAAGGUUGUGCAGUACUUGGUCAUGAUGUUGCAGUCAAGGAUGAAGUUUAUGUGAAUGGUGCUAAGGUUUUACCUCACAAGUCGAUUUCUGCCAACGUUCCCUCCGAAGCUAUUAUUAUGUAA